AUGAAGCCGCGGGGUGGCAACGAAGCCGCGGGGUGGCAACGAAGCCGCGGGGUGGCAAUGAAGCCGCAGGGUGGUGGGGGUGGCAAUGAAGCCGCGGGGUGGCAAGGAAGCCGCGGAGUGGCAAUGAAGCCGCGGGUGGCAAUGAAGCCGCAGGGUGGCAAUGAAGCCGCGGGGGAGCAAUCAAGCCGCGGGGUGGCAAGGAAGCCGCGGGUGGCAGUCAAGCCGCAGGGUGGCAAUGAAGCCGCGGGGUGGCAACGAAGCCGCGGGGUGGCAAUGAAGCCGCAUGGGGGGGGUGGCAAUGAAGCCGCGGGGUGGCAAUCAAGCCGAGGGGUGGCAAUGAAGCCGCGGGGUGGCAAUGAAGCCGCAGGGUGGAAGCCGCGGGUGGCAGUCAAGCCGCAGGGUGGCAAUGAAGCCGCGGGGUGGCAACGAAGCCGCGGGGUGGCAAUGAAGCCGCAUGGUGGGGGUGGCAAUGAAGCCGCGGGGUGGCAAUCAAGCCGAGGGGUGGCAAUGAAGCCGCAGGGUGGUGGGGGGGUGGCAAUGAAGCCGCGGGGUGGCAAUGAAGCCGAGGGGUGGCAAUGA